CAGAGAGAGGAUCAUAACUCAGCCGCUCCCUCCUCACAUCUCUCCGCUCGCCUCAUUGUGCUCUGCUGACUCAGUGCCUUAAGCAUCAUCCGCACCCAACGCCACUGGCACAAACCACCACCAUUGUGGAAAUUAAUACGGAUAUAGGAAAGAAUACAAUGGCCAAAACAGCUAUCGCAUACAAGGAGAAGAUGAAGGAGCUGUCCAUGCUCUCUCUCAUUUGCUCCUGUUUCAGCCCACAGACACGCAACAACAUUGUCUGUGAAUUUGAAGAUAUGGAGGUAAAGCCCAUCAAUAAGAGGGCCUCAGGCCAGGCCUUUGAGGUGAUCUUGAAACCACCUUCGCCAGUGACCGAUGUGGCCCACAGCAUCACCUCCCCUCCAAAGAAGAGGGAUGUCUCGCUGGAGGACAUCCAGAAGAAACUGGAAGCAGCUGAAGACCGCAGGAGGUCCCAGGAAGCUCAAGUGCUUAAAGCUCUGGCUGAAAAACGCGAGCACGAGAGGGACGUGCUGCUCAAAGCCAUGGAGGAGAACAGCAACUUCAGCAAGAUGGCAGAGGAAAAGCUGAUUCUGAAGAUGGAGCAGAUCAAGGAGAACCGCGAGGCUCAGCUGGCAGCCCUGAUGGGACGUCUCCACGAGAAGGAGCGACACGCUGAAGUGGUCCGCAGGAACAAGGAGCUGAGGGAAGAGCUAGUAGCGUGAAGUUCUUCCACCUCCUCACACCCUUCAUCAGCCAACCUGUCAUCCUAUCCUGCUCACGCACACUCACACACAAACAAACGCUGGUAAACAACAGUCAAAACAACAAGUAUCACAAUUGUAUACUGUUUGAAUUGCUUGAUUUCAUAGAGUAACGGAAAGACACAAGUAUUAUUUUGUAUAUACAUCUUUUUUUAUCUAUCUAUCUAUCUAUCUAUCUAUCUAUCUAUCUAUCUAUCUAUCUAUCUAUCUAUCUAUCGAUCUAUCUAUCUAUCUAUCUAUCUAUCGAUCUAUCUAAUCUGAUUGAAUGAUAACAGAUCAAAUGUAUCAAAUCAACGUGAUACAAUGUUUUAUGUAAUUAAUUGAUGAUGAUUAUUAUUAUUUGUCAGUUUAUUGGUUCAACCACGUCGGGUUUGACCAUGUGAAAGGUUUCGGUGUUGUGAGUAAGCUGCUUGCUUACGUUUGCAGUGUUAAAUGAUGUAAAGUUUGGUGUAAUUGUGAAGAAUGCAAAAAGCUUCAGUGCUCAGGCCCCAGUUUAACACAGGUUUACCUGUUCAAAACAAACAUGCCACCAUAUCGAGACUCAUGAAUAUAUAGUGCACUUCAGUUUAUAUACAGCAUGAUCAAGACAGGCUCCUUUUUUCUGAACAAAUUGCUUAAAAUAUGAGCGCAGAAACAAAUAAAACACAUCGAUAGUGUCUCAUUGAUAAAUGAAAUUAAACUGAAUGUAUGUCUUUGAGCUUUUUGUUUUAAUAUUCUCUGUACAAAUAAAUAUCACUUUCUUGAAAUGUUAUGAACAUCUGCAUGUUGGCGUCUGCAAACCUACAUUCAUUGGCUGACGUUUGGAAGCACUGCGUCCCUUCUGGACUUCUUGGAUUGGACGGCUUGACACACCCUGCGUCAUGACUGAAAGAGAAAAAAGAAUCAGCCAGGUUUCCUGUUGUUUUUGCUUCUUAGAGCAAGAUCUUGACCCCGUAUCCUCACAUUGAUUCAGGCUGUUGUUUGUCAUCUCUCACUAGCAGGAGUAGACAUCAUUUUUAAUCCCGCGGUGCAAUUAAGGGAGUUCAUCUCCUUGAAUGUUCUGUCAUCUGUCUGGCUUGAUAAAACAGGUAACAUCUUUACCAGCUGAAUGUAUCAUCCUAUACGCCAUGCUAAAGCCUUUGAUGUAUAACUUAUUUUUACCUUGUGUGAGAUAGGAUGAAUGUGUGUAAGUGUGCGUGUCCAUGUUAGGUUGACUCAAGCAUUUGUGUUCUCUCUGGAAGUGAUAGGCGUUUGCAGUAUAUGCACUGAAUGAUUUUUUUUUUUCUUUGAAUCACUGUCUCUUCUAUAAAUAUGCUAGAAGCAUCUUCGGCUGCCGAAUUGUCCUUUCCCCCCUCUCAUUUCUCUGUGUGCAAACUUUGGUGAAAAUAAAGGUUUGGGGUUCUGUGAACAAUGAAA